GUUUUGCCUCCUAUGAAUCCAGGGGUUGUUUGAAACUUCGUUUAUUUUUGAAAUGGGACCUGAUUACGGGACCGAGAAGUAUCUUCGCCUCAGGGCAGAAGUGAAGUCCCUGAAGAAGUACUUCAAGAACCUGCCUCGUCCCAAAGAAGCGAUAGAAGGUGGCCGAACCGUGGAUUGGAGUGCAGACGGAAGAUAUUUGGCAGCUUCGUCGUACAUGUCUGAGAAAACCGUUUGCUUGUUUGCGCUCGUUGAUGAUCGGAAAUUGGUGAAAGAACACACUUUUCGUGGUCACCAUGAGUCCGUUGACGUGGUAUGUUGGCAUAAAACGAACGGGGAUUUGCUGUCGACGGCGAGUGGAGAUAAGAGUGUUAGGAUCUGGGAUGCUCGUGCUCAGAAAUGCCAAGCCUGUAUUCAGACAAAAGGUGAGAACAUUAACCUAGCGUGGUCUCCGGAUGGCAACACAAUCGCAGUAGGUAACAAGAGCGAUCUCGUUUCGUUCAUCGACGUGAGAAAAUUCGAAGUCACCAAGGAGUUGCAAUUCAGCGGGGAAACCAACGAGAUUGCCUGGAAUAACGAAAACACGAGGUUUUUUGCCACCUUGGGUUCUGGCCAGUUCGACGUGCUGAGCUUCCCGGACUUGGAAUUGUUGAAGAAGGUUCAAGCUCAUACUACCAAUUGUAUCGCCUUGAAAGUUUCGCCGAAUGGAGAACGGAUUUCUAUCGGAGCUGCUGAUGCUUUAGUGUCUAUUUGGGAUACGAAGGAAUUGAUUUGUCUACGAACCCUCGCAAGGUUGGAAUGGCCAGUGAGAACAUUAAGUUUCAGUCAUGACAGCCUGUUGAUAGCCUCUGGUUCGGAAGACUUGGUGAUCGAUAUCGCCCACGUGGAAUCUGGUGAAAAAGUGGCCGAAAUCAACGUUCACAUGCCGAGUUUCACCGUGGCUUGGCAUCCGAAGCGAUAUCUUCUCGCCUACUCCUGUGAUGAUAAGUUCGCGUCGAGGACGAAAGAGAUCGGAUCCCUUCGAGUCUUUGGGCUAAAUUUAUGAAUUACUGUACAUCGCUUCGGUUUCAUUUUCCCUCGAGUCUUUCUGGUUUAUAAAGAUUUUUUGGACCGUUUCCAUGUGAUUCCUUGAAUUUUUUUUUUUUCAGCCACAACUCAGAAUUUAUUUUUUUUGGACUAAUAUACUGGAUAGUGGUUCCGCAGAGAAUGGACGCACAACGGAUUUUCCGCACAGUGAACCGAAGGUGCCGCUGGUUUCUGCUUCGGGGAAUGGACCGUGGAUUGGAGACUGGGCUUUCAGAGGAUACCGAUAGAUCAGUAUUGAUGAAAUUUUUUUGUGAUAUUGUUAUCUUUUUUUCUCAUUUUUCACGCGCGGAAAAGCUUCUUCGUUAUUCUUGAUGGUCAAUUAAUGUUCAAACAUGAAUGUACUUGUUGAUUUAUUUUAAAAAUGUAUUGACGAAAAUAAAAAAAAAAAAUGUGGAAC